AUGGCCUCCCAGUGGAUCAGAUAUGAUGAAAUCCCUUCUACCGCCUCUGUGCUCUGUACCUUUUACCCCUCCAUGGAGGCUAUCGGUCAACCCGUCGACGUGAAAAGCGUUCCAAUUGAGAAUGGCGACUACAGCUACGAGUGGUUUAUGUCAAAAAUUACCUGCCUAUUCUGCUCCGACACAUCAAAUUCAAAGCAAGCACUAGAUGAGAUCCAGAAAUUCUACAAGCAGGCUGAUCCCUAUCUGCGCUUUGAGUUGGAAAAUCUUUUACAAAGCGACUGGGCUCGUCGGUCUGCUCUCGCCCAUUGUAAACUUUUUCCUGACUUUGACGAGGCCGUGGAAAGUCAGGACUGCCUGCAAAUUGAGCACGAGCAUCCCGAUGUCGCUUCGCGUUGCGUCUCUGGGUCUCCGGAUUCCUUUCACUUUUUGAUCCGACAAGGCAUUAUUCGGUCAUGCUACUACAACAGCUUUGGACAUAGCCUGGUCCUUCUUGCCUUCAAGAAAAAUGCGAUUGAAACGGUGAAAUCUAUGAUAUCCACGAUAAGUCCAAUAGAUCUUCUAGCCCCUGCGUCGGUGGCAGAAGAGUGGGAUGGCAGCUCAAUUCUUCAACUAGCGGCGACGGACUCGGUUGUCUUCUGGAUGUGUUGGGACAAGGUUGACCAAAUACCUUUGGACCUAGGAGAGAUUCUCCAGGAAAGAGAGAUCCGCAAAAUUUGCCGAUUUGCAAGCAUGAACCUGGCCUCUCGCAUGUAUCAGAGAGGUAUAGAUCUUUCUGAUGUGGUGGAUAAAGAUUCCUCUCUUUGGCUUGAGAUCAUCCUCUAUCACGCGGAUGCAGCACUUCUUUUUGACUGGCUUUUUACGAACAAUUGCCAACCCCCGCAGGAUUUCCUUCUCUGUCACCCGGACCCCGAUUCCACUUUGGACUGGCUUUUGGCGAACAGCUUCCCUCUCCCAUAUCCCGGGCAUGGUCAAGACUUUCUUCGGAAAUUUGCAAUCCGUGGUGGCAGGUUAGAUGCGGCCCAUUGGCUGUCCUUCGAUAGGGUAGCGACCUAG